AGUGCACAUGAGAGUUCACACUGGAGAGAAGCCUUACACCUGCCAACAGUGUGGAAAGAGUUUUGAUCAACAUGGAAACCUUAAAGUGCAUUUAAGAAUUCACACCGGAGAGAAACCAUAUUCCUGUCUUCAGUGUGGAAAGAGUUUUACUCAAAAAGUAAACCUUAAAGUCCACAUGAGAACUCACCCAGGAGAGAGUUGUUUUAUCUGCCAAAAGUGUGGAAUAAGCUUCAUUAAAAAAGGAUUUCUUAAUAGACACAUGAGAAUUCACACUGAAGAAAAGUGUUACGUGUGCCAUCAGUGUGGAAAAGGUUUCAACCAAAAAGGAGACCUUAACUGGCACAUGAGAGUUCACACUGGAGACAAGCCUUACACCUGCCCUGAGUGUGGAAAGAGUUUCGCUCAAUAUGGAUACCUUAAAGUGCACAUGAGAGUUCACACUGGAGAGAAGCCUUACACCUGCAAACAGUGUGGAGUCAGUUUCACUCAUGAAGGAAGCCUUUACAGGCACAUGAGAAUUCACACUGGAAGGAAGUCUUUCACCUGCCAACAAUGUGGAAAAAUAUUCAAUAGAAAAGCAAACCUUAAUUACCACAUGAGAAUUCACACUGGAGAGAAACCAUACUCCUGUCUUCAGUGUGGAAAGAGUUUUACUCAAAAAGUAACCCUUAAAGUCCACAUGAGAAUUCACACUAGAGAGAGUCCUUUUAUCUGCAAACAGUGUGGUAGAAGCUUCAUUCAUAAAGGAUUCCUUAACAGGCACAUGAGAAUUCACACUGGAGAAAAGUGUUACGUGUGCCAUCAGUGUGGAAAAAGUUUCAACCGAAGCUCAGAAGUGAAGACCAGGAGACUCUGCUGUAUAUUCAGCAGGAUUCUAUAUUGA